AUGUUUCUUUGCGCAAAACUUUUACUUCUAUUCUUUAUUUCUGGACCCACGCUAGAGGUCCUUGCAGCCGAAUGCAAUGUCUGUUCGACGACCACUCAAAUGGCGUGUGUUUCCGAAACUGAAUACCAGUUCUGUGUAAAUAAUCUACCAUCUGGAGCGGUAAACUCUUGUCCAACGGGCUAUGUGUGCUCCACGACAGGAUCGGUAAUUUGUGUAUCAAGUACUAUGGGAGUUCCGGCAUCAUGUGGCGGAUGCAAUGUAUGUUCCACCGACUUAAAAUUUGCCUGUACUGGAACCAAUACCUAUGCAUUGUGUUUGGGAACAAAUGUACCCUCAACAACAGCUACUGGUAGUUGUGGUGCAAAUUUGGUAUGCGAUAUAAACUCUUCUGAAAUGUGUGUUCCACUUGUGGCUGGGGUCACAGCAUCUUGUACAACAACCACUACCGCAAGUCCCACUACACCCGGUAUUUCAACAACCUCACCAUUGCCAACAUACGCUCAGUAUUUGUGUCAAAUAAUUCGUAUAAAUGCUCGAUUUUCGCUACCGGCCGAAGUUGAUAAUACUUGCAGGAAUUAUGUUUACUGUUUCCUUACCCGCAAUGGUACCUGGUCGGGCCAAAUUUAUAAUUGUCCUGGACGCACGUAUUUUGAUCCAUACUCCCGUUAUUGUGUGGCAACCAUACCAACUGGAU